AUGGAGUCUGUCCUCAAGAUGUCAAGAAAGACCUUCGACUACGUCUGCUCACUUGUUAAGAAGGACCUGACAACUAAGACAUAUGGUUUCAGAAACUUCAGGUUUGGUGACAAGACAAUCCUAGGGGUGGAGGAUCAGGUGGCGGUGGCUCUGAUGAGGCUGACAACUGGUGAGUCACUGCAGAACAUAGGAAUGUGGUUUGGCAUGAAUCACUCAGCCAUCUCGAACAUCACAUGGCGGUUCAUUGAGUCCGUGGAGGAGCGUGCCAUCUGUCACCUGAAAUGGCCGAGCCCUGAGGAGAUGGCAACCAUCAAGGCAAGAUUUGACAAGAUUUAUGGGCUCCCUAACUGCUGCGGUGCCAUUGACACCACACACAUCCUCAUGUGUUCCUCAGCUCAGCCCAACAGCAAGGUCUGGCUGGACAAUGAGAACAAAAACAGUAUGGUGCUGCAGGCUGUUGUGGAUGCAGACAUGCGGUUCAGAGACAUCGUCAGUGGCUGGCCUGGGAGCAUGGACGACUCAUGCAUCCUUCGCACUUCAGGCCUGUACAGGUUGUGUGAGAAAGGCCUGAGGCUUGAGGGGCAGAUGGACCUUCCUGGAGGUUCCACGGUUAGGGAGUACAUAGUCGGAGAUGCGAGCUACCCUCUGCUUCCCUGGCUCAUGACCCCGUACCGGGGACAUGGUCUCCCGGCAGCCAAUGUGGAAUUCAACAAGCGGCACACAGCGGCAACGGCAGUGGUGCAGACUGCAUUGGCGACACUCAAGGGGAGGUGGCGUGUCAUCCAGGGAGAGCUGUGGAGGCCUGACAAGCACCGGCUGCCAAGGAUCAUCUUCGUCUGCUGCUUGAUAACCAACAUCAUCAUCGACAUGGAAGGGACUCCAAGCGAAGACAAGCUGUUUUCAGGCAACCAUGACCAUGGCUACAAGCAGCAGUUCAGUAACGUCGCAGAUGACAAUGCAGUCAAGCAGAGAGACGACCUGUCUCUGCACGUCACCGCCGGCGAGUAA